UAACGCUCCGGGCGGGGCGGUUGGACGGUAUACCAAAUGAGGAUACAAAGGUAGUGAUACAAAUUUCUUUCAGACUUUCAAUGCGCCGCCCAGUCAAAUUGUAAUUAUACAAAUUUCGCAAGUGAUGUGUUUAUUUGGGUCUGAGAAACAUUCUGAGUGAGAACUAGAGUGGAGAUACACAGUAGCCGCAAGGGCAGCAACUCGCCAUCGGCACAACAGAGAUAUAUAAAAUGCCUAGAUCUAGAAUUCUGCAAAUAUUUAGUCGCUGUUCUAAGCAAAGCCGAGUAUUUCUCUUUUAUCGCCAAAGUAGGAGCAUUUCUGCUCUUCCCAACUAUACCCAGCUAGAUGAUCUUCAAGAGCAGGUUUUAGUUGAAGGGAGAUCGAAAUCAAGAGCAGCAAUACUCAAUAGACCAUCUGCACUCAAUUCUCUCACUAGCUCUAUGGUGCCUCGCUUAAAUAGAUUGUACAACUCAUGGGAGGAGAACUCUGAAAUUGGAUUUGUUCUGAUGAAGGGAAGUAAUCAAGCUUUUUGUUCUGGAGCUGAUGUUGUUAUGCUUCAUCAGUUGAUGAAUGAAGGGAAAGUUGAAGAAUGCAAAAUUUUCUUCCAGACACUCUAUAAUUUUAUCUACCUUUUAGGAACAUAUCUGAAACCACAUAUUGCAAUUUUAGAUGGUAUUACAAUGGGAAGUGGGGCGGGUAUUGCCCUUCCUGGAAUGUUCUGCGUUGCAACUGAUCGAACUGUUUAUUCUACUCCAGAAACUCAAAUAGGGUUCCAUCCUGAUGGCGGGGCCUCAUUUUAUCUUCCCCGGCUUCCUGGCUACUUAGGUGAAUAUUUGGCUUUAACAGGUGAAAAGCUUAACGGUGUGGAAAUGGUUGCCUGUGGUCUUGCAUCGCACUACAUACUAAAAGAAAGGCUUCCAUGGAUUGAAGAACGGCUUGGUAAAUUGAUGACAGACGAUCCUUCUGUUAUUGAAAGCUCUCUUGCUCAGUAUGGAGAUCUUGUUUAUCCAGAUAGAAGAAGCUUUCUUCACAAGAUUUAAACUCAGGGAAGAUGAUUGGCAGUGCUAAGAUGUGUUCCGGACUAUAUGUUCUACGUGAUGAAAUUUCAUCCACCAACACAAACCAAAAGUCUGAAAUGAUCGAUAAAUGCUUCAGUCCAGACACAGUUGAGGAAAUAAUUGAAGCUUUGGAAAAGCAGGCAGCUGAGUCGUAUGAUGAAUGGUUUACUUCAACUCUCAAAAAGAUAAAAGCAGCUUCUCCUUUAAGCUUGAAAGUCACUUUGAAUUCAAUUAGGGAAGGGAGAUUUCGGCCACUUGAGCAGUGUCUGACAAGUGAAUAUCGUGUAUCCGUGAACUGGAUUUUGAAGCACGUUUCUGGUGAUUUUUGUGAGGGUGUUCGUGCAAGAUUAAUUGACAAGGAUUUUGCUCCAAAGUGGGAUCCGCCACGAUUGGAGGACGUUACGAAGGACAUGGUUGACGGCUUCUUUGCUCCCCUGGCCGAGUUCGAAUCAGAACUAAACUUGCCAACAUCGAUACGAGAGCCUUUUGCCUAAUCUGUUUGUGCCACUUCACCUUGUAUGCAGACAUUUUUUCUUUCAAAACUAGGUGCAAAAUGUACUUGAACGACGUUUUGAUUCAAGUAAGAAAGGUAGUUGAGGAGAUUCGGAAGGAUUCAAGUUCAUCUUCAGGUCUUUUGGCGGGCGACAUCAAGGAAAUCAGUUUAUGGUUUUCUCAUAUUUCCUUUUCUUUUGUUAGGCGUUCAGCAAACAAAGUCGCUCACGAACUGGCAAGAGCGGCGAGUUCUAUGUCUGUAGGUCAAUUUUGGUUUAUUGAUCCCUGGGAUGCAUUGCUCAAACUUUGUCUUUUGAUUCUAUUAAUACAGCUUAAGGUGAUUUCUUUUUAAAAAAAACUAGACUAUGAUGAUUUCGGAGAUAUACUAUUCUUAUUUUAAGGGAUGAUCAUAUAAUGCCUCAAGCGGGUAUAUAUUUGUGGCAUAGAGUUAGGUAAUAUUAACUUUUCGAGAGUGUCAUACACUAGAAAUUUUAUCCUAUUUAAGCAUAAUAAGUAUCGAGAGCACAAACUAGAGUGUCAUAUUGACUUUAAGCUUAAAAAAGCUACUCAAACACUGCGAAGUACUAAUUUGAAAUGUGAUGUCAUCACUAUUGAGUGAUAGUUUGUGACAAUAUCAAGGAAUUGCAAAUU